AUGUCCAAAGCAUAUGCGGCUGUCUGGGGCACAAGCACGUCCCCACUGCAAUUGAACGCAGCUUUCCGAUCGCUGAAGCUCUCCGUCGUGGUGGACGUCGCCGUUGUCGGGCCGCCUACGCACGAACCGCGCCGGCGGAGGACACCAGUGCGACUAUAUGCGUCCACCCGGUCGGAGCCGGUAAUCAUGAACAUUCGCGACGUCGACCUCCGAUACUGUCUAGAUCUCCAUGUCGAGUCAAAAUCCGGAGACAUCACCGUCCUCCUCCCGCCCUCCUUCUCCGGUCCCAUCAUCAUCCAGAAGAAGGCCGACUCGCUCACCCUCCUCCCCGACUUCGCCACCACCGCCCGCACCCUCCGCACGACGGACCACGAGACCGUGCUCCUCGUCUCUUCCCCCGCCUUCCCCGCCCCCGCGAUCGACAAGCCGCUCGCGCAGACGGCCGACGACGAGGGGCGCUGCGCGCGGGGCGGGGCGGACCGUGGACAGCCGCAGACUGCGCGGCAGUAA